GAGCAAGGAUGCUGAGCUGUUCAGUCGAGCCGACAUAAUACAGUGGUUCUUGAAGGAGGAGUACCCACGUGGUGCUGUGACAGACCACAAUGGCAACAACCUUGCUGUCUGGUUCCACGGUUUCAUUGGGCGGCCAGAGUCGGAGCAGCUCUUGCAGAGGCAUGGCGGGGCGGCGGCAGGUGCAUUCCUUGUGCGAGUUCACGAGCGCAUCAAGGGCUAUGUCAUAUCUUACUGGGCCGGGGACCGCUGCAAGCACUACCUCAUUGAUGCCUCACUUGGACACUGCCAGUUCUUUGGCUCCAAUCAGCUGGUCUUCCCCCGGCUCAGGGACCUGAUAUUGCACCACACUACAAACCCCAUCACAGCUUUGGGACAAGAACAGCUGCUCGACCCUUGCCCCCGCAACAACAGCAACAACUUAUUUUCACUGCUGCCCACACUUGGCCAGUGAAAGAACAGCUGUGAAAAGGAAAAAAAAACACUUCUCACAACACAAGUGCCAAGCAUUGACAUCGUGACGUGACUUGAUGUGGUGUGUGUGCCGUGCGCAAUCACAAGAAUGGCCACCCAUUACCACCAACACCACUUACCAACCGCUGUGAUUGAACCGAAGAACAGGAGGGGGUAAACCAAGUUGCUGUGUGCAGUUAUGCCUAUGCUGCUUCUCGUAGUGCGACUUGUAUAACACCCAUCUCAGUCUCCACUCCGGUUUACACGUCCAAAGAUUAAUAGUAAGUGGCGCCCUGUUAUGUGGCUGGCUGCAACUGCAGAGGCAAAUAGCCCCUUUUUCAUAGCUUUUUUUUAAAUCUUAUGAUUGUAAUAUAUUGUACAUAACUUUAGUCAGUGCAUGUGAUUGCAAUAGGCUGUUUCCCUGUACAAGCUGAAGCUGUACAUCCCUUUUUUUUUCCUUGCGACUGUUAUUUUAGGCGCAAUGUGUGCUUGAAUGUCUUGAAUGUCAGCAGUGCGUCCUAGUGCUACAUUGGAGUCUGUAGAACUGUGUUUGAGCUUACCAUAACUGUGUAUUUUGUUGGCCCGUGUGGCUGCCUGUGCUGUUUUUUUUUAGCAGAAACCAAGUUCCAUAGAAGAAACUGCUGUACAUGAAUGCGUAGGGUGGUCACAACAGUUCUCUACAUUGAUAACAGUCUGUGUAAAGGUAGUAAAACUGACUGACAUGCACCCAAUGCCAUAUGUUAUGGUGCUAUUACCAGUGGUGAUUUUCCAAGACUUUGGGAUGCAAUAUUUGAAUUGGAACAGUUUUUAUGUACAACACCAACCGAAGUUAUGUCGAAAACUGGUAUAUCUGCACAGACUACAUCCCCAUUGUUGGUGACUUAGUCUAUAGUUUAAACCUAUUGUGAUAUUGGCUAGAUUUUCAUGUGUACUUUUACCCCCAUAGCCUCUUGACAUAUCAUGCACAUUGUUUAAUGCUUAUGACUGGCUGUAGUGCAAUGUUUCUAAUGCAUAGAUGACUGGCUUUCCCAUGAUGUUGAUCACACUUGUACUAAUAUACAAAAUGGCAGGCUGCUUCUGCUAUUCUAAACUUUUUCAAAUGACUGUUGCAGAUUAUCAACUGUGUCACAAGCUGCAGCAUAAGGGAGGGGUUGCAGUCAUAGUGCACUCAACUAAGGCAUUAAUUGAUACAUUGAUGAUGCCAGCUAAUGCAAACUUUAUUAUUUUAUUUUCGCACGAUCAAGCUUUUGUCUCCCUCCCUGUGACUUGCCUCCAGUCUGUAGUUGCGCUGGUGUCAUUGUUUUGUUUUAAUAUUGUGCAUGGCUGCUUACUUGCAGUAAAUUGUUACCUUUUUUUAAGAGCAGACAUAUUUGUUUUGUGAACAAAUGUAUGUGUUUGCUGGCUGAGAUAUGGAUGCCUUUUUUUUCAUGCUGAAAUUCUAAAUGAAAGACAUGAAAAGAGCUGCUACAAGUGUGUUUAUGGUAUGCUUAACUAGGCAGGUUUUCUGGAGGUUUUGUUAGAAGCAGCGGGUUGAAUUUGGUUCGAGAAAGUGCGGUCCAUAAAGCCUCUGUUCCCAGCUGGUUUGGGUCGAAAAAAAUGAGGAGGAUGGGGUGCAAAUGUUGCUGCUGCUUAUUUCACCAUUUCUAUCGAACAUACUUACCAAAAUAAAUUAUUUGAACUUGUGUGA